AUGUCAUCAGAAUACGCCCAAUUAGUUGCCAGUCUUUCAUCACAAGACAUCUUAAACAAAUGGCCAGAAAUUACUCCAUUAAAGAAAAUCUCCGGUAUCCCAAGAUCAGCUGGAUCAGAAACUUCUUCCGGUUCAAGUGAUUCUGAUUUAUUUAAUGGUCACGAUGAAGAACAAAUUAGAUUAAUGGAAGAAUUAUGUAUUGUUUUAGAUAAUAAUGAUAUACCUUUAGGUGCAGGAACCAAGAAAUUAUGUCAUAUUAUGGAUAAUAUUAAUGGUGGAUUAUUACAUCGUGCCUUUUCAGUAUUUUUAUUUAAUGAAGAUGGAAAAUUAUUAUUACAACAAAGAGCUGAUGAAAAAAUUACUUUCCCAGCUAUGUGGACAAACACUUGUUGUUCUCAUCCUUUAUGUGUCCCAUCUGAAUUAGGUGUUGAUUCUAAUUCUGAAGGUGGUGAUGUUAAAAAAUUAACUAAUGCAGUUGCUGGAGCCAAGAAUGCUGCACAAAGAAAAUUAGAACAUGAAUUGGGUAUUCCUUAUAAAGAUACUCCUUUAGAAAAUUUCACUUAUUUAACUAGAAUUCAUUAUAAAUCUGCUAGUGGAGAUGAAAGUUCAAAAUGGGGUGAACAUGAAAUAGAUUAUAUUUUGAUUUUAAAAACUAAGAAUGAUAUUACUAUUGAUGCUAAUUAUAAUGAAGUUAAAGAUUAUAAAUACGUCGAUGCUGACGCAUUAAAAGAAAUGUUUGAAGAUAAAUCUUUAGUUUUCACUCCUUGGUUUAAAUUGAUUUGUCAAACUUUCUUAUUUAAAUGGUGGAAUAAUUUAGAUAAUUUACAACAAUUCCAAGAUGAAGAAAUUCAUCGUUUACUUUAG